GCCUGAUUCUUGCACUCGCUGGAAAGCCGCUCCGAGCCUAGGUCCACUCCAAAACCAGGUCGCGCAGUACGACCGAGAGGACAGAGCCCUGCGCAGAGCGAACAGCACCGUGGUCAAGGCGGAGGCUGAAGAGGGGCUCCAGGCAUCGAUCCUCCCUUGCCCGGUGCCACCCGCCCCGGAGGCGUCCCAGGGCGCUUCUUGUCCCCGCAGCAUCCACCCCUCCAGCGCCUGCAGCGCGUUCCUUCCAACUCUGCGCUGGAAGAAAAACUUCCCGCUCGCAGGCAGAACUGCAGCGCCUCCUCCCAAGAGACUCCGGGAGCCCUGUCUGCGGCGGCUCUGCGCGUUUUUUCAAAGAAUAAUAGUAAUCGUUAGCUUUAACCAUCCAGAGCGAGGCCAACGAGGCUCUGCAUUCCCGACCCAAACAAUAGCCUUCUCGCUCCUUGCGCUGCAGCGCGCGGUGCCUCCCGGCGCUCGGGUGCAGCUAGCAGUCUCCGCGGGGUUCUGAAGGCGUACGGCAGGCGGCGACAUGGGGAACACCGAGCUGGCGUGGCGGUCUCGGGGCUCGCAGCCUGCGCGGGUGCUGCUGUUCGCGGCGGCCGCAGCACUGCUGGUUGCGCCCGGCGCGCAGGGGCGCCCCGCCGAGGAGGAUGAGGAGCUGGUGUUCCCAACAGUGGAGCGCGCUUCGGGACUCAGGACCGCGCACCUCCGCCUGGACGCCUUCGGCCAGCAGCUGAGCCUGGAGCUGCAGCCGGACCGUGGCUUCUUGGCGCCCGGCUUCACUCUCCAGACCAUGGGGCGCAAACCAGGGCUCAACGCGCCGGGUCCGGACCCCGUGGGUGACCUGGCUCACUGCUUCUACUCCGGCACUGUGAAUCACGACCCCAGCUCAGCAGCGGCUCUCAGCCUCUGCGAGGGCGUGCGCGGCGCCUUCUACCUGAAGGGCGAGGAAUACUUCAUCCAGCCCGCGCCUGCGGCGGCCACCGUGCGCCUCGCCCCCGCCGCCGCCACCGGGGAGGAGCCACCGACGCAGUCCCAGUUCCAUCUCCUGCGGCGGAGGCGGCGGGGAGGCGGCGGCGCUAAGUGCGGGGUUAUGGACGACGAGACUCGGCUCGCAAGGGGCGCAGGGCCAGAGGACGAGGACGCCGAGGCUCAGUGGCGGCGGAGGGACCCAGCGCCGCAGCGCGCGGGGCAGCCAACAGGAAGUGGAAGCAUAAGAAAGAAGCGAUUUGUGUCCAGCCCCCGUUACGUGGAAACCAUGCUUGUGGCCGACCAUUCCAUGGCAGAGUUCCACGGUAGUGACCUAAAGCAUUACCUUCUCACCUUGUUCUCCGUGGCUGCCAGGCUGUAUAAACACCCCAGCAUUCGGAAUUCAAUUAGCCUGGUGGUAGUGAAGAUCCUGGUCAUCUAUGAUGAACAGAAAGGGCCAGAAGUGACCUCCAACGCUGCCCUUACUCUGAGGAACUUCUGCAGCUGGCAAAAGCAGCAUAAUCCACCCAGUGACCGAGAUGCUGAGCACUAUGACACAGCGAUUCUUUACACCAGACAGGACCUGUGUGGGACCCAGACAUGUGAUACUCUUGGGAUGGCUGAUGUUGGAACUAUAUGUGAUCCCAGCAGAAGCUGCUCAGUCAUAGAAGAUGAUGGCUUACAAGCUGCCUUCACCACAGCUCAUGAAUUAGGCCACGUGUUUAACAUGCCACACGAUGAUGCAAAGCAGUGUGUCAACAUUAAUGGUGUCAACAAGGAUUCCCACAUGAUGGCGUCAAUGCUUUCCAGUUUGGACCACAACCAGCCGUGGUCUCCCUGCAGUGCCUACAUGAUCACCUCGUUUCUGGAUAAUGGUCAUGGAGAAUGUUUGCUGGACAAGCCUCAGAGCCCCAUACAACUCCCCUCUGACCUUCCUGGGACCUUGUAUGAUGCAAACAAGCAGUGCCAGCUUACAUUUGGGCAGGAGUCCAAACACUGCCCAGACGCAGCCAGCAUAUGCACAACCCUCUGGUGCACCGGCACCUCGGGCGGAAUGCCAGUGUGCCAAACCAGACACUUCCCUUGGGCAGACGGCACCAGCUGUAAAGAAGGGAAAUGGUGUGUCCACGGCAAGUGUGAGAACAAGACAGACAUGAAGCAUUUUGAUACUCCCGUUCAUGGAAGCUGGGGGUCAUGGGGACCCUGGGGAGACUGUUCGAGAACCUGUGGUGGAGGAGUUCAGUAUACAAUGAGGGAAUGUGACAACCCAGUCCCAAAGAACGGAGGGAAGUACUGUGAAGGCAAGCGUGUGCGCUACAAGUCAUGUAACAUUGAGGACUGUCCAGAUAAUAAUGGAAAAACCUUUAGAGAGGAGCAAUGUGAGGCUCACAAUGAGUUCUCCAAAGCUUCCUUCGGGAGUGGGCCCGCGAUGGAGUGGACACCCAAGUACGCCGGAGUCUCACCGAAGGACAGGUGCAAGCUCAUCUGUCAAGCCAAAAGCAUCGGCUACUUCUUUGUUUUGCAGCCCAAGGUGGUAGAUGGCACUCCAUGUAGCCCAGAUUCCACCUCUGUCUGUGUGCAAGGACAGUGUGUAAAAGCUGGGUGUGAUCGCAUCAUAGACUCCAAAAAGAAGUUUGAUAAAUGCGGUAUUUGUGGAGGAAAUGGAUCUACAUGCAAGAAAGUAUCAGGAUCAGUUACUAGUGUCAAACCUGGAUAUCAUGAUAUUGUCACAAUUCCAGCUGGGGCCACAAACAUUGAAGUGAAACACCGGAAUCAGAGGGGUUCCAGAAAUACUGGAAGCUUCCUUGCCAUCAAAGCUGCCGAUGGCACAUAUAUCUUGAAUGGCAACUACACUUUGUCCACUUUAGAACAAGACAUUACGUACAAAGGCACCAUCUUGCGGUACAGUGGCUCCUCUGCAACGCUGGAGAGAAUCCGCAGCUUUAGCCCUCUCAAAGAGCCCUUGACCUUCCAGGUCCUCACCGUGGGCAAUGCCCUGCGACCGAAAAUUAAGUACACCUACUUUGUGAAGAAGAAGAAGGAAUCUUUCAACGCCAUCCCUACUUUCUCAGAAUGGGUCAUCGAAGAGUGGGGCGAGUGUUCCAAGUCGUGUGGACUGGGCUUACAGAGAAGACUGGUGGAGUGCCGAGACCUCAACGGGCAGCCUGCUUCCGAGUGUGCGAAGGAAGUGAAGCCAGCCAGCAGCAGACCUUGUGCGGACCUGCCCUGCCCCCACUGGCAGCUGGGGGAUUGGUCGCCAUGUUCCAAGACUUGUGGGAAGGGUUACAAAAAGAGAACCUUGCAGUGUCUGUCCCAUGAUGGGGGGGUGUUGGCUCAUGAGAGCUGCGAUCCUUUAAAGAAGCCCAAACAUUACAUAGACUUUUGCACGAUGGCAGAAUGCAGUUAAGCAGGGUCGGUGUUGAGAGAAAGAUGAGGUGAGAGAGGGCUGAGGCGCUGAAGUCAAGAAGGCUGGAGGGAUCGAUCCAGUGGUACCUCAUUGGAGAUCGGAGUGCAGCGGUAGGUAGAAAAGUAGAUGAUCAGAAUAUCCUGCCAGUUACAAAUUUGAUAGGAUAGUUAAAAAGAUUAUUAAUCUCUGAGGAAAGAUAUAGCAUGAUAAAGCCCCCCCGGGCAUUAUUAUUUUUUCCUUUUGUUACAUCUCGACAUGUUUUUAAAAUACA